AUGGCAUCUAAGAAGGGCAAUGGACAUUGGGGCAAUCCUAUACAAACCGGCUCUGCCUUUGACUUCAGGAGCGAUGUCAUAACCACCCCCUCCCUAGGGAUGCUCGAGGCGAUUCAACAAGCAACACUCAAUGACGAUGUAUAUGGCGAGGACCAAACGACCCGAUCCUUUGAGAACCAGAUCGCGGCUAUGUGCGGCAAAGAAGCCGCCGUCUUGGUCGUGUCGGGCACGAUGGCGAAUCAAUUGUCAAUAAGGGCCUUGCUCCACCAACCACCGUACUCCAUACUUGCAGACUCUCAAGCCCAUAUCAUCCACUUCGAAGCCGGUGGCCUAGCUCACCUCUCCGGAGCCAUGGUCCAAGCCAUCAGACCAAUGAACGGUCUCUACAUAACCCUCGCUGAUAUCGAGAAACACGCCAUCCUCUCUGACCAACCAGAAAGAUGUCCAACGAAAACCAUCAGCAUCGAAAACACGGCACACGGCAACAUCAUACCCCUAAACGAGCUGCAUAAGAUCAAGUACUGGGCAGCUAAGCAUGGGAUCGGUGUACAUAUCGAUGGAGCACGCCUAUGGCACGCCGUUGUCGCCGGGGCAGGGACACUAGAACAAUUCGCUUCGUAUUGCGAUGCACUGACCCUAUCAUUUAAUAAAGCCUUGGGAGCUCCUAUGGGGGCUAUGGUUGUGGGGUCCCAGGAUCUAAUCAAGAGAGUCAGGAGACUGCGGCAGAGUAUUGGAGGAGGCGUUAGGCAGACUGGGAUCAUGGCUGCUAUGGCUCGGCAGGCUGUCCUGGAUAACUUUGGUGCAAAACAGGUCGACAGCAGAGGGGAGCUGGAAAAGACGCAUGACAUGGCGAAAAUGCUGGGAAGAGCGUGGACUGAUGCCGGUGGGAGGCUGUUACGGCCGGUUGAGACGAAUAUGGUCUGGCUAGACAUGAAGAGCGCAGGGAUUAGUAUAGAAGCUUUCAAUGAGAUGGGGAAGCGUCAUGGGAUACUGGUGAAUGGGAAGAGGAUCAUGGUGCAUCACCAGAUUUGCGAGGCUGCUAAUCAAAAGUUGACACGCAUGUUUGACGAGCUUUUAACCCCCAUACAAGCCACCGUUUCAGGCAUAGUCCUGAACAGCGCUCUAUCGAAAAACAAAUCCGCUAUCGUAAUAGCGUCGACCCUGGGAUCCCUCGUUCGAAGAAAGCGCAGACUUUUUAACGCCCGCGAAUUCAAAAUCUCGUUUUUCCGCGCCACUGACAAGGCCUGUGAGAUCUCGUACACGGGCUGCGCAAACAAAACAGGGGCCUCCGGGCGCGCAUACCAGGGCACUGGCCGUGCCCGGGUCAUGGACAUGCGCUGCUGGGGCCGGGUCAAGUAG